CCGUUUUCACCGGAUCUCAAACUCUCUUCUUAAAAUGAGAAUUAAUUUAUUUUUCGUUUUUGCCGUGUUAGGUCAGCAAUUUCAAGUCACUUUUACAUAUUUUUGGAACGAAGAACCAGUUGUCAGAGAGAGAGCAUCUCCUUCUCCAAAUGGAAAUACUCCGUCUAACUUGGGAUGUUUCAUGUGCACUCAAUUAUUGUCAGUUACAAAACAUCGAGUUGGUCUAUCGGAGAAUCAAUUGAGAAAUCAAUUAUAUGAGAAAUGUCGAGUACUUCCUUCUGUAUUCAAGGAACAAUGUUUCGCGUUUGUGGAGACCUCACUUCCAGAGAUCUAUUAUUCAAUUAAUUAUGAUAUUUCUUCGAAAGAUGUGUGUGUUCGAAUGAAUUUUUGUGAUGAGAGAAAUCCAUUUGCGAUCGGCGGUCCACUUCCAUCAAUCGAAGCUACAACUCUGUACCCAGAAGAAGAAGCUGAGGAAAUUGAACUUCCGACUACUACAACAAGAAGACGUACUACAACAACUACAACAACUACAACUCCACCACCAACUACUACUACUACAGUACGAACUACAACAGCUUUGACUCGACCAAAUCCAAGUAUUGAGCAAGUGAGAAGAGAAGAGCAUAAUGAUAGAAUUGGACAUAAGAAUGUGUUGGAGAUAAUUAUUCCACCACCGCUUCGUUCAAAAUACAUGUCUCGGAAUACAAUUGUCGAAUCUUCAAGAGAAAAAGUUCCCGAAAAAGAAGAAAUUGACGAGAAACGUCUAACAUGUGCGUUUUGUGAGAGAAUGCUGGAAAAUGCCAAGAAUUAUGCGGUCACUUCAAAAACUGACAUAACCUCAUUUGCCAAUACAGCUUGUGCUUCUCUUGCCAAAGGAACAACAUCUGAUCAAUGUUAUCAGAUGGCUGAUAAGAAAAUCGCAGAACUCGCGAAAUUUGUGGAUCAGCAAGUGGUCGAUGCGUUGUGGUGUGCAGAAUUGAACCGAUGUUGAGUGGAAUAUUUUCAAUUGUGCAUUGUAAUUUUGUUUGAAACGCAAUUAAAGUAUUUUUAAUUU